AUGAUGACGUGCCGUCUGCUGUGCGCCCUGUUGGUGCUCGCCCUGUGCUGCUGCCCUUCCGUGUGCGUGGCAGUAAGUGAAAUUAAUGAUGACCCCAGUGCGGUCCCCGCUGUGUCAAAGGUACCAGAGGUACAGGAAGCAGUUGAGAAGGAAGUGGAACAAAGCGAAAAAGUAGAGAAGCCAGUUAUUGCGGCCGGUAUGGAAAACACACAAGGUAUGGUAUCCGGUGGGUCGUCCAACAGUCAAGGUGCUUCAGGUGUGUCCGGUCAUUCCACGUUACAAACUCCUGGCGUUCCGCUACGGCCACCUACUGUACCAACCGUUGCGUCAGGGGAACAAAGUGGGCUGAUUGUACCCGAAAAAAAAAAAGAGAAGAAGACGACUGCAUCAACGACCACGACGACCACAACCACAAAGGCACCAACCACCACCACGACGAAAACUACAGAGGCGCCAACUACUACGACCACCCGCGCACCGUCACGUCUUCGCGAAAUUGACGGCAGCCUCAGCAGCUCUGCGUGGGUGUGUGCCCCGCUGCUGCUUGCCGUAUCCGCGCUGGCGUACACCACUCUGGGCUGA